AUGUUCGUGGAUGCUAGGGUAAAUGGAGGAUACACCAAGGCAUUGGUAGAUACAGGUGCAUCCCAUAAUUUCCUUGCUGAAGAUGAAGCUAAGAAGUUGGGCAUCAAAUACACCAAAAUGCCAGGCCGUUUGAAAGUCGUCAACUCUUUAUCCAAGCCUAUCAUUGGUGUUGCAUAUGGAGUACCUCUUAAGAUAGCAGAAUGGGAAGGCACCAUAGACUUGAUAGUGGUGCAUAUGGAUGACUAUCGUAUGGUAUUCGGAAUGGAUUUUUUAGAAAAUGUACGACCCUGGUCAUUUGAGAGAGACGAUACCAUGCGUAUCACCAAGGGUUCAAUAAUUCACAUUGUACCCUUGAAGAGAAAUAUGAUUGGAUCCCGCAUGCUAUCAACUAUGCAACUCGACAAAGGUCUCAAGAAGAGUGAGAUAGAGUUUAUGACAACCUUGAAGGAGGAAGUUAUUCCCUUGAAGAUGGACAUUCCAAAGGAGAAUAAGAACAUGACGUCACCAGAGUUGCAUAAAAAGUCUCAUCUUAGACGAAAAAUGGAACAUGUGAUGGAGAAACUGGAUAAGGCGAAAAAGAAGAAAAACACAUUAAUCCGUAAGAGCAAAGUAGAAUUUCUCAACAGAGCAACAUCUAAACGAGAUGAGCAGAUCAAUAAGGGAUCACGUCAUAACAUGUUAAUAUUGUGGGAAUUUUCCAAAGCUUGUAAAAGGGACAACUCACAUGCUUACAAGUUUCUCAAAGGGAGGCAUAAGAAACUACACAAGACAGUUCAACAAAUUGAUCAGUUGAUCAACUUUCUUGAUUUCUUUCUUCGCCAUCUGGCUGGAAACUUCUUGCUUCUUUCUCUCUUCCAGUUGCUUGAUCUUAGUCCAAAUUUCGUUGUCUUGCUUAACGGGUCUUCUGGAUUGUAUCCGAUGCCUGUUAGAAUAUCACCAAUAUCCUUCCUACCCAUCAUCUCCUUUCUUUCAUCAUCACCUUGUUCUGGAGUCUGGUCUGCCAUUGGAGUGGGAGCAUUGCUACCUCUCAUCGCUUACUCUUCCCAAUUUUAUGAAUACAUCAUUGUUUACCUCUGUAUAUCAAAAGAGAUCGACUUAGGGUUUAAUUUUGGACUUGAAGAAAGUUGUCUUGCUGGAGACAUUUGGUGCACAUGGAUUUGA